CCCCGGGUACAAAUGUCCGCGGCCGGGCUGUGGCUCUUGCCAUUUCAUUUUCAAGCCCCGAUUCCUGUUACAGACGUGGCUAGGAAGGAUCACAGCCGCAAAGUGUCGGGAAUACAUGGCAGAAGGUCUUCACAACUCGCAUCUGGACAGCGAGACAAAAUGUAUUGACCCGAUGCACGCACUCUACGAGACGACAAAGCUGAACAUUCAGCAGGUGACGUGCACGAAGUCGAAGAAAUGCUCAGGACACCUCGGCAGCCCUGCAUGCCUUCUCGAGUAUGCUGGAGUCGACAACGCACACUUCGACCAAUGCCAUCACGAGAUGGUCAAAGCGCACGCAGCACAUAUGCUUCAGCCUCACGAGUGCCCAGAAGAAGGAUGCAGUGCCUGCUUCACUUGGCCAGAGAUGUUCUACCACUUCCUGGGCGAGCACUUUCCAACACUGUCGAAAGUGCUUUGCGAGGGUGGAUAUCACAUUCCGUGGCCAAAUGAGAAUGAGGGAUGCAAGUUCCAUUGGCACUUUAACUUCAGGUCUUGCCUCUCACCUAUGGGCAAAGGCGACUUGGGAAGCAGAUAUCUCAAAGCUGAAAGGAUUCUGCACUUCGCAUUGUAUUUUUUCUUCAAGGACGCGCAUGGUGAAUACGGUGGCGGCUGGAACAAGAACUUGACGAUAAGCCAGGAGAGGAAUCACGAAUUCCUCCGCGUGCCGAUGCAAUGGUAUCCGUCGGCUUACGACUGCAAUACAAUACCUAACGUAGACGGACUACAUGCGUACUUUGAGAGAACGCUUCUCGGCAUCAAGGUACUGUCGGAACUGGAGGCAAUGUUCUCCAACAUGAACUUUGUGGAUCAGGGGGAGUUGACCACAAUCUCCAGACGGAAGAAGGAACAUUUUGCCACGCAAAUCCGCAGAGAAACAGCGAAAUUAUCUGAUGGCAAUUCGGAUGAUCCAUCAGGUGCGGACGGUGAAGACGAAACGCAACCCGCAGAGCACGAGUCCAUAGCAAGUGACGAAGAUGCCGACAUGGAAACAGAAACGCUACAAGGAAUCAACGGAGAGCAGUACCACGAGGGUGUCGAAUAUGAGGGAGAAGGUCAUGACGCGAACGGACAAGACAACGCCAGCGAAGGAGACGAGAGCAGCGACAUUGGGUCACAAGAAGCGAACGACGAAGAUCACGAGCUCUCUCCCUUGCAAGAACGAGCAGACAAAGUCGCAGAACGUGACGAAGACUUUAUCGUCGAAGAUGAUGAAGGAGGCGACAGGUCAGACGGGCAUGUUCAAGAAGAUGAAGGGGAAGAAGCCAUGGAAGCUGAAUGUAGCAACCGAGGUGCGAACAUAGACAAGAACGGCCAACAUAGAUGAACAGCUCAGAUCGAGUAGCUCAAGCCAGUCACAGCGUUUACGUGCGAGAGCACGCCCAGCUCACGAAGCUGGCUACGGCCGAACAAUGCGUCUUCAAUUUCGCUCGAGACAUAGCCGCA